GCAUGUUCCCUCCUUUCUGUGAACACAACGGCAGCGUCCAGCACAUGAAGACAAAACUCUCCGGAAUGAAGCCGCACUGUAAGGACAGAUCAGGUUUCAGAGGAUGCGCUUGUGCAGAUGGAGAGUGAAGCGGCCGGCCCAGAGAUGAAGCACUGUGCACUGUGACAUUGAUUUUUGCUGUUUUCACCACUAAAGGAUGGCUGCCAGACUCUGUGAAAAUGGUUCUGGUCAGUACCACUGCACCCACACCAGCCAGCCUCUUGAAAUCAGCUACAUAUUGGUCCUGAUCAUGCUUGGAAAAGUCUUCCUUGAUUUCUUCAUGCUGCAAAUUAAGCCAAAGCCUGUGAAAGCCAGUUUUAUGGGAUACUUCUGCAUUUCGGUGGCAGUUCUUGAUUUCACACUGCUGCUGAGUAUCUGCUUCAUUUUUUGCUUUGAGGACUUUGCGCUGUGGGGCGUGCGCUUCACGGAGUACCACAUCUGCCUCCUCACUCAGAUCACUUCUCUGACCUACGGGAUCCUGCCUUGCCCCGUGUACCUUGUGGCUGCUCUGGAUUAUUGCACUACCGUCUCCCAAACAUCCCAAUUCCCUAACAGAGCUCGGAAGUUACUUUAUGUAUUUGCCGUGGUGGUUAUAUGGAUUUCCGGGUUUUUCUGCACUCUGGAAGUCCCCGCUGUCUCUGCAGAGCUGGAGAUGCAGAAUGGUGCUUCCCCUUCCCAGUGCCCUCUCUCUGGCAGCCUGCAGAGCUACUGGGUGUCGUGUGCCAUGGUGCUGCUGCUGGCCACAGCUCUCCUGGUUCACUGGAAGGAGGUGACAACCAUGCUGCUGUCUGCCAGGCUCCUCUCCUUUUCCAGCCAGCCCGUGCUGAUGUUCCCCUACGUGCCCAACAACAGCAACACCUCCUUUAAGUGGCAGCUCCUGAGCAGGCUCCUGUUGUGCUUCCUCGGCACGUGGGCACCGUUUGUUGUUCUCCAGGCCGCGGUUCUGCUCCUGGGUGUGCAGGUCCCGGCCUACGUGGAGAUGAACGUGCCCUGGCUGUACUUCAUCAACAGCUUCCUCCUGGCAGCAGCCUACUGGUGCCGGUGCCACGCCGUGGAGCUGGCAGAGGAGGGCUGGUGCACAGACCCCUUUGUCAGCUGGAAAUUCUGCUUUAUGCCCUUCAACAAUGAAAGCACAGAGGCAGCUGAUAAGCCGGGCGCAGUAAUUGUCAUCUGUUAAUGAGCUGCUGGCUGGACAGGCUGCAAAGGGCAGAGCUCUGAUGUUGGGUGGUUGGGUCCUGACAGACAACACGAGGAAACAUCUCCAGAGCUUCACUCUGUGGAAACAAGUCCAGUGUCCAGCAAUACUUCAGUGAAUAUUGCACUGGAGGGCACUGAGUCCCAGUGGGAGCAAGCACAGCCAGGCCAGGGAAUUCAAAUUACAUGUUUAAAAAACCACUGCUUAUAUAGGACAAGUUUUCAGUUACACUUAAUGUUUGUGACUAGAAUUCUACACUUCCUUUAAAUGGAAACAUCUCAGGUUUUACAGUACAAAAUGCAAUAAAGUCUUCGAGGCUGGACUUACAUACAGAUGCUGACCUAAGGUUCAAAUGACUUUUUGAAAUGUAUUUUGUUGUUAAAAUGUAGAUUCUAUCAGCUUGAUAGAAGGUACGGGUUGCUGUCUGUUUAACAAGAAAUAACUUGUUUUAGUCAAAGUCAUAACUCCUACAGAAAUAGAAACUUUAUACAGUACAAAACCAAUGCAAAACCAGUGCAAGAUGUGCAACUUCUACAACCACAGGAGAGGUGCUGUUUCAUUCUUUCUUUGCUGCUGCUCCUCUAUAAUACAUGAACAUAUUCAAAAUUAAAUAAUUAGAGCUACAAACAUCAAGGUUAAUAUAUAUAUACACAUAUACAUACAUAUAUACAUGCCCAAGGUUGAAAGUGGUUUAAAUUAAAAUAUAGUUUAUUUUGAAGCCAAAAUU